AUGAAUCAAGUACUCGCCGACACCAUCCCGCCAGUUUCGGAGGCGCAUACAAAAGGCCCCUCGAUUCACUUUCCUGAUGGCACCGUCCAACAGUCAACGCCCUUUCGGCCUAUACAGGCAGCUCCUAUCUAUCGCAGUGGCCAUGUCAACUUGGAUACAUUCUCCCCGGUCAAUGAAAAUGGCAGCUUCGAAUUCGAUCGGGUCUUGAAAACUGGGAAGGUGUAUCGCCGAGUCAAACACAAGCAUGCAUUCCGAGCCUCCUGGAAACCCGCCUACCUUGUCCUUCGGCCAAAUCUCCUGUCAGUAUACAAAGAUGAGGAAGCGACAAGACUUCGGGCGUCUAUCACACUUUCGGAAGUCACAGCGGUUGCACCAGUCAGAUCGCCACGGUCAUCGCGACAAUACGUCUUUGGUAUAUUCUCACCGUCUAAGAACUACCGAUUCCAAGCCUCAUCAGAGAAAGACGCGGAUGACUGGAUCCAGCGCAUUCGUGCCGAAACCCGCAUGGAUGAGGAAGAGGAGGCUUUUCUGGCCCUGUCGCAGAAACGAAACAUACCCGCGACUAAGGCGCAGCACAUCGACGAUACAACAGAUCAUUCUGAUUUUGAUUAUCCCGUAAGAGCGAGCUCACCUGAAUUGGGUCGAGGUCUCUCUCCUGGUCGCUAUUCAAACCGGUUCGGCUCUUUACAGGACCACUCCGGGAACGAGAUUACUUCUUACUCAGAAUGGUCGGACGGGCCUUCAAGCAGCACAAACGUCCAUCUUAAGGCAAGGUCUUCUAUACCAAACCUUACAACUCCCCAAGCGCCGCCGCUCCCACGGGAUAAUAGUCGCCACCACGAUUUGGGGAUCUUGCGUGAUCCAGAAAGAGUUAUAUACAAUGGUUACCUUCAAUGUCUUCGGAUCAAGGGCGCGGUGCGCCAGUGGAAGCGCUUGUGGGUCGUUUUGCGUCCUAAGAGCCUUGGUUUCUACAAGGACGAUCAGGUAUGGGCAGCAUCGGUUUUGCGCCAUGAGAAGCUAACAGGGGAUGAACAGGAGUACUCAGCGAUCAAGAUCAUACCCAUGUCUCAAGUCAUCGAAGCUGCCGAGGUCGACCCUCUGUCGCGUUCCAAGAAGUUCUGCCUUCAGAUUAUCGCCGAAGACAAAUCAUACCGGCUAUGCGCGCCCGAUGAAGAGUCUCUGGCCAAAUGGCUGGGAUCUCUGAAAAGCAUCCUGAUCGCUCGGAAGAAGCUGGAGCCUGCAUCGGCGGUUACAGCAUCAGCAGCGCCGUAA